AUGUGGGAGUGGCUCGAGAAAAUCUACAUCCGAUUCGGUCCUAUCGUCUCCCUGAACUUUGCCGGGGACAAUUAUAUCCUGCUGAGCGAUCCGGAAGAUGCUGAAGCACUGCUUAUCAAACGGUCCGCUACUUUCUCUGGACGCCCACAGAGCAUAUUUGCUGCCAAAUAUCGUUCAAAUAACAAACGCAUGCUCCUCCUUCCACAUGGCGACGAUCUCAAGAAACAGCGAGCUGUAUUCAAGCUACUGCUGCGGCCCGAAGCCCUCACCUCUCAUCGACCACGCAUCGAACAGCACACCACGAAGCUGUUACUUGAUCUCAUUGACGGUCCCCAAGAUCCGGGCAAAUAUCGCGAGCAUCUCUACCGCUUCACAGCUGGUCUGAUCAUGCGCAUCACCUAUGGAUCUGGUCUCAUCGGAGCGGACGAGGAUUUGAAGGCGAUUUUGGCUUCGAAUGAGAGCUUCAAUCUUGAUGCACUCCCAGGUGCCCAUCUCGUUGACUCGUUUCCCAUACUUGAUCGACUACCCGACUGGCUGGCUCCCUGGCGUGCCGAUGCUAAACGUAAACAUAUCGAAGAACUAGAUCUGUUCGCUCGUUUAGCCAUUCAGGUUCAAGAGCGCCGCUACGCAGGUGAUAUUGAUGCACAAGAAUCAUUUGUUGCAUCCGUCUGGGACGCUCAAGAAAAACAGGAAAUUGAUAACGAAACUGUAGCAUAUCUCGGCGGAAGCGCUUUUGAAGCUGGAACCUCUGUCACUGCAUGCCUUCUGCAUACAUUUUUGCUAGCAUGCAUCUCAGAACCGGCAUUUAUUGCCAAGGCCCAGAACGAACUCGAUCAGGUGACGGGAUCGGACGAAAUGCCGAGUUUUGCACAUAUGCGUAGAUUGCCAUAUACUUGGGCCGUGGUCAAGGAGGCCCUCCGAUGGAUUCCGGUCACACCACUAGCAUUUCCUCAUCGAUGUGACCUGGAUCAAGAGUACAAAGGCUACAUGAUUCGAGCGGGAACUUACAUCAUCCCUUCAAUCUGGAAUAUGCAUAAGAGUGCUCAUGUGUUCUCCGAGGGUGAAGUAUUCGAUCCUAUGAGAUGGUACGAUCCGGACGAGAAUGGGUUUGUCAAGGAUUCAGCUCGAUUGAAUGAGGGCCAUUGGACAUUUGGCUUCGGCCGUAGACAGUGUCCAGCGAAUCUAUUCGCUGUGGAAGUCUGCUGGCAGGCUAUCGCCGGUCUUUUAUGGUGUUUUGACAUUACCAACGCAAUAAGCCCUGUGACGGGACUACCCAUUUCCGUCCAUCCAGACACGACACCCUGGCUAGACGGAGUCAACAUAGAGCCAGCACCGUUUCCGAUAUCCAUCCGUCCACGAAGCGAGGCACAAAUAGCCAAAAUCCGGGAGAAGUGGGCUGGUAUUAUCGCGUGA